AGAUGUUUUCCUUUAACUAUAUUUUUACAUGUGGAUUAGUUUUAUCUGCUUGUUAUUUGCAAGAUAAACCCGUUAAAAGUCAAGAAGUGCAGUUGCCUCCAGGGCAAGAAUGUCAGAUGACGCCUGUAAUUCACGUUCUGCAACACCCGGGCUGUGUACCUAAGCCGAUACCCUCUUAUGCUUGUAUUGGCAAAUGUACAAGCUAUGUCCAGGUGUCUGGUAGUAAAAUAUGGCAAAUGGAACGUUCGUGUAACUGUUGUCAAGAAUCAGGAGAACGGGAAGCAUCAGUGGUGCUGUAUUGUCCCAAGGCAAAAAAUGAAGAAAAGAGAUAUCGAAAGGUAACAACAAAAGCUCCUCUUGAGUGUAUGUGUCGUCCAUGUGGGAGCGUAGAAGAAAGUUCCAUCAUCCCUCAAGAAAUCGCUGGUUACGUUGAAGAUAGUCCUCUGCAUAGCCAGUUUAGAAGACAUUUUUAAAGAUAAUGUUAAAUUGAAUGUUAUA